GGGACCAAACUCGAAUAUCGAGAUUCGUGUGAUUCAAAGGCGGUUGGUGGCGGCGGCUGGCGCUGCUACUUCCGGUGGACUCCCUUUCUUCACUUCAAUUUGGUUCACCAAAUCUCUUAAUCAGCAACCAAGAUAUGGCGGCGAUUUGUACCUCCGUUCAUUCCUUCUCGCCUUCUUUGAUUUCGAAAUCACCGCCUCCACCAUCACUAGUUGUAGUGACUACCAGAUUGUCUUCAUCAUCAUCAUCGUCGUCAUCUAGGUCAUCAGUUUCACGGUUUCUAACUAAAUCUCCGGCUCGGAGGAUGAGGGCGGCGUCGGCCGCGAGGCUUGUUUGUAUGGCACCUGACGAAGAGAAAUUGACUCGCCGUAACCCUCUCGAUUUCCCUGUUGAAUGGGAGAGACCGAGACCAGGCAGAAGGCCCGAUAUAUUUCCUCAAUUUAGCCCCAUGAAAACACCACUACCGCCCCCAUUGCCAUACGACCCCCCUGCAGAAGACGAAGAAGAGGAAGAUGAAGAGAACAAAGAAGAGGAAGAAGAUGACCCCGAUAAGGAACAACCAGAAAACCGCUUCCGUGCUCAAUCAUAAUCAUCGAUCAAGUACCCAUUUUUGUUAGCGGUUUGGUAAAAUGAGAAGUUUACGGAGAACAAUGAUGUUUCCGAUGAACGACUUAAACGUGAUGGUAGUGAAGUUAAUGUAUUUAGUGAGCCAUAGAAUCUGGAUUUCGAAACUUCUUGUUUUUAUAAUGUAAACUGGUAUACGAUCUUGCGGACUUAUUGUCGUUUUGGACUCUUUUGUUGUUCGAAUCCGAUUAUAAUAACGUAGCGGAAAUUUCAUA